CUCGCAGUGUGUCCGCCGUGGAUGCGUGGUGGUGAGGCUGAAUGUUCAGUAGUUUCAGUACGUCAGAUUGUCUCUUUCCUUUUUAUUCAGCGGCACCUUUCAUAAAGAAAAUCCUUCUAGAUACGAAAAACUAUUCUUUUAUUUGUUGUUAUGAACUGGAAUUGAAAAAACUGCUUAAAUUAGUUUGAUUAGUACAUGAAACAAUUAUUGAGAACUAAAGUGUCAAAGCUCAAUACAAAAUUUCAAAGUUUUAAACUGACGUUUUGUGAAGAAUUCUCUCGUAAAAAUACAAAAUAAUCUCAUUUCGAUAUACUGAUAUGUGUAUUUAUUCUUGAAAACUAACCAAGUAUUGUUGGGAACCUCUUUGUUUCCAUAUAAUGACAUUCAUUAUGGUGUAUACCUCUCACUAAAACUUAUUUUGGAUUGUCUACUUAUAAAAGUUGUUUACUGGUAUUAAAAGUUGAAGAGAAAAAAAAAGGUCAGCUAAAGUGCUUAGGAAGAUACGGAGAUACAGAGCUCAAAGAUAAAUCUGUACAUCAUGCUGACCAUAGAUGUUACUGUUUUGUUGAUGUUCUUGGCUUUAUUCCAGCAUUUACAAGGUGAGCCUCAUAAGCGAGAUACGCGAAUUGUACAAACAAAGUAUGGUUCUGUAAGAGGCAUUAUUCAAAUCCUUUCAAACCGUCGUCUUCAGCCUGUCGAUGUCUUUCUAGGGGUUCCUUUCGCUAGUCCGCCUAUUGGAUCUCUUCGUUUCAUGCCUCCUGUUACUCUUCCCAGAUGGAAGGGUGUUCGAAUGUCCGAUAAACUAGCACCUGUUUGUCCACAGGUGUUUCCAGAUAUUCAUAAUGAAACUGAAGCCUUGCAAAGAAUGCCUGCUGGAAGACUAGCAUAUCUUCGAAGACUUCGACCUUAUCUUCAAAACUAUAGUGAAGAUUGUCUCUAUUUGAAUAUUUAUGCUCCUGCAAAAGCUUACAUGGAACCUGUAAAACUACCCGUGAUGGUCUACAUACACGGAGAGUCGUAUUUCUGGAAUUCGGGCAAUCCCUACGAUGGAAGUGUUCUGGCAAGCUACGGUGACGUUGUCGUAGUUACUAUUAACUACAGAUUAGGAGUAUUAGGUUUCUUUCCAGCAACUGAGGGCUCUGCUAGGGGAAACUACGGACUUAUGGACCAAGUAGCAGCUCUACACUGGAUACAGGAGAACAUUGAUGGUUUCGGCGGAGAUCCUCAUAAUGUGACGAUAUUCGGGCAGGGCCACGGAGCCGCUUGUGCUAACAUCUUGAUGAUAACUCCCAUGGCUAAAGAUCUUUUUCAUCGAGUAAUUCUGCAGAGUGGAUCAGUUUUUAGUCCCUGGGCCAUCGCAAAGGAUUCGCUGUUUUAUGCUCGUCAAGUAGCAAAAAAACUCAAUUGUCCCACGAACAUCGAUACCUCAACGAUUGAAUGUCUUCGUCAUCGUCCACUUCAAAAAAUAUUAGACGUCUACGUAGAAAUACCUGAUUAUCUAACAACGUUUGGGCCAACAGUAGACGGCAUAUCAUUACAGCAUGAUCCAGAAUAUCAGAUGGAAGAAGACAGUGAUAUCAAUCGUCAGUAUGACCUACUUUUUGGCGUUACUCGAGCAGAAUCUUAUUUUCACUUUUCAGCUAGAGAAGAGAUGAUAGGUAUCAACUUGGACAGACGAAAUAGAAUUUUCCGAACAUUGGUUAGAAACCUCUAUAAUUACCAUCAACAAGAAAUUUAUCAAACGAUCAUCAACGAGUACACCGACUGGAGUCGUCCUACUCAACACCCUUUUAACUUACUGGAAGAAACUGUUGAUGCUUUGAGUGACGCUUUGGUUGUGGCACCGCUUGUCAAGUUAGGAAACAUGCAAGCUCACGUUCGUCAAAACACUUACUUCUACGUUUUUGGCCACCAGUCUGAAGUAGGAGACUAUUCUCCUAAACUUGGCUGUAUCCACAGUGAAGAGCUUCCCUACAUAUUUGGUGCACCGUUAGUAAACACUCUAGCACAUUUUCAACCUAACUACACUCGGCUAGAGGUGGCACUGUCAGAAGCUGUUAUGACCCACUGGACGAACUUUGCUCAAACUGGGAAUCCGAAUUCGACCUCCCAUAGAGGUAAUGUGGAUAAACUUGCACCAAAACUCAAUCGUUUCGAAUGGCAAAGAUAUGACUCCUCAUAUCAGAAACACGUUACUAUAGGAAUGAAGCCUCGAGUGCGGGACCAUUAUCAUGCCCAUCAACUAUCAUUCUGGUUAAAUCUCCUACCCGCUCUCAACAGGGUCGGCUCGGAAGAUAUUCAUGGCGAGCACCACAGGCUCCAUGAUUACAAUAACCCUUUCUCGUACGAUGGAAUCAUACGCAGUCAUCAUUCAUCCUCCACUCAAGUUGUCACCACCGUCUCUUUUACUAGAGAAGACAGUGUUGCCACGGAAACCAGUGAAAGCAGUUCAAUUUCACAGAUGAAGUCGAGCGUGGAAGUAACUUCGCAAGCUGUGCUGGAAAGCGUCUUGAUUGCUACAGAGUCAGCCAAUAAAAACGAAUCUAAGACUGUUGUUUAUCAAGAAGAAAUAUACUCCACAACACUCAGCGUGACUAUUGCUGUUGGAUGCUCUCUUUUAAUUCUGAACGUUUUAAUUUUUGCUGGAGUUUACUAUCAAAAGGACAAACCUAGAGAUUUUAAGCUGGACAAAAGAAUUUACGAGUCACCAGGAUGUGCAGACGAUGAUCCCCUUCCAAAAUUAAAUCAAAUGAAUAUGGAAUUAUUGCAUGCCAGAGCCAACUCUUCCGCCAUACCGUCCACUCAUCCUCACGAAGUAUGUUUCCCUCUUCCUCACACCUCUAUGGCUGUCAAUACUGUUCCCAAUUCUCUUGGACUGCAGAAAGUGUCACCACUAGAGGGCCAAUCGCUCCUGGCACACAGCUUGCAAGGACCAACGACUUGCCAGGAGAUGAGGGUGUGAGUAGGUGUCCUUUCAAGACUUCAUUUUCAGGAGCGUCCUGGCGAGACAACCGUUUAACAGUAACAAGAAAAAGAAAGUCCUACUAAGAAAAACAUUGAGAGUGCAUCUAGACAGCUGGUGCUUUUUUUUACGUUGUUGCUUUGAGCAACGUAGGAUCUUCAGUUUGCUGUAAUUUCGAACUAGUUUGUGAUAUAUAUUUCUUUUUAAUUCUAAACAAAGAAAAAAUAAUCCUUCAUUAUUAUAAACAUUAAU